UUCACAGCCUGGGUGGAUGCGGUGAUAUUCGUCUUCAGCCUUGAGAAUGAAGCCAGCUUCAACGGCGUCUACCAGUACUUUGCGAAGAUGGCGCACUACCGCAGCACGGCCGAGAUCCCGAUGAUCCUCGUCGGGACGCAGGACGCGAUCAGCGAGAACAACCCACGAGUCAUUGACGACAGCCGGGCGCGCAAGCUGGCAUCCGAUCUCAAGCACUGCUCCUACUACGAGACGUGCGCCACCUAUGGGCUGAACGUGGAACGAGUCUUUCAGGACGCGUGCGCAAAGAUAGUUCAGACGCGGUUGUCAACGCCGACGAAUUCGCGGGCGUCGACGCCCAGCCAAUCGCUGCGAGGUUACUACGUGUCGUCGCCGACAAACAACGGUUACCAUAGCAACCAGCAGUCGUCUGCCGCGGGCGUGUCCAGCAACCUGACGGCAGUCGCUCCUAGUGGCAGCACGCACAAGACUUGCCAACUCCCAGCUCCACUCCGACGACGGCUAGGAAAAACCGCCGCCGUUCCAACCUGUUCACUCCUUCGAAGAAGGAGGAGAAGGAGGACAAGAAGACGAAGAAUGGCUCCGGCGACAUGAUGGGAAGCGACGUGCAAUUCCCAUCAAGCAGGGUUACUUGUACAAACGGAGUAAAGCCAUUAACAAGGAGUGGAAGAAGAAAUACGUGACGCUGACCGAUGAUGGGCGACUCACCUACCAUCCUAGCUUACACGUACGUUAACGUAGCUUAUACAUAU